GCUGCUCUAAGUUUCAAAGUUCACGUAUGAACUUUUUGCUCAGCACACACGGUUUAUGAAUGAAGAUUGAAUAAAAAAAGACUUUCAGGAAAUAUAAGGUAAGAGACAAACUAUUGAAAUUAAACUAAGUGUUUAAGUGUAGACUGCAUAUAAGGAAAAAAAACAAAAAUCCUUGGUUAUGACUGGGGGAAGAAAGAGGUAGAAGGAAGGAGUGCACAAAUUCAUGUCCUCCAUCUUAUCCAUCUCCAUAUUAUUAUGAUACAGAAGAUGAAUACAAUUCACAUUUACUGUUACUGGUUUAUUCAUCAGUGUAACUUCAUAAAGUGUCUUUUUUAAAGAGAAUAGGCGGGUAUUCUUAAGAUUAAAAGGGAACUGAUAAUGUUAAAUUCCAUAUAAAAUGCCAAAUUCUCCAAGAAAGAUCAUGUACAGAAUUCAGUGUUGUCUGUAACAAAAUUAAUAUUUUAACUUAAUAGUUCUUGCAUGUUUGGCUUUGUACCUGAGUUAUUUCAAGAACUGAUUUAGGCACGGACUUAAUAGGAAGGAGAAUCACUGAUCUGCUCAGGCAUAAAUCUGAAUAAAUUAAUUGCAGACAAUCUCCAAGUACAUAAACACAGUAUAUUAAAAAACAACCAACCAACACACAACACAUUGAGUUCAACAUCACCGAUAACUUAAAAUAAGAUGCUUAUUCACCAACUGCUUUUUCAUCUGAAACAGCUGAAUGUAUUUCAUCAACCAAUAUUCCUGAGACAAUUAACGUGCACCAAAACCCAGUAGAUAAAGAAUACAGAAAAGAAAGACGGCUUAUUUAUGAAGUCAUUUCCCCUCUCCAACCACUAGCCUACACUAUUCUUCCCCACUGUGCUAUCGAAGUCUAUAUCAUAGUGUAGAUUUCCAAUAUCUAAAGUCUAAAUUUGGAGACUGAAUCUGCAGCAUUAGCAAGUUUUACUGUUGUUGCUGUUUUUAUUAAGACAUACUUCCUAUAUUUGCCUGUAUCAGAAUGUCCUCCUGAAUCAUUAUCUAUUGUAGUCUUAGUGGAAGCUGAUAAAAGAUUUUCCAAGCUGCUCUCUGCUGCAGAAGCACUCCUUUAAAAGCUACUUCUCCCAUACUAUCUUCACCUUCCACCUCAGCCCCUCAAAAAAACAGCUCCAACAGCGCAGAAGCACAGCCUAUCAGGCUGCUCUCCUUGUUGUGAGAACUACCACGGAGUCUUGCUCCUUCUGAGUGGGAGACUGGAAAAGGACAGCAAAGAUAGGUCCUCGGAUCAGAGGUUUGCAGAUAAAAACCAAAGACAAUGGCAGACAGCAAUGAGAUGACAAUCAACCUCGUUGUCCUUGGAAGAACUCAGACUGGCAAAAGCGCUGCUGGGAACAGCCUGCUAGGCAGCUUGGACUUUGAAAGCCAUCUUUCCCCAAGCUCAGUGACCACUUGCUGCAGCCUUGGGCACAGCUGCCGUAUUCUGGGGGUUACACGAAGAAAUGGCUGUGAGCUAGCUCUCCGCAUUCGGGUACUUGACACUCCAAGCUACCCUCACAGCAGCCUGAGCAAAGAGCAGGUGAAACACACAGUGAGAUCUGCCCUGGCUCACCACUUCAGGGAGGAAGGUCUGCAUCUUGCUCUUUUGGUCCUGAGGGCUGACUUACCUCUGUGUCCAGAUGAAAAUGAUCAAACAGUUCAGUUCAUCCAGGAACUUCUAGGUCCCACAUGGAAGGAUUUCACUGCAGUUUUACUUACUCAUGCAGACAAGGCAGAAGAAGCUGGAUUCAGUGAGGAAGCAUAUCUGCACAACGCUUCAAGUACCCUGUUGUCACUACUGAACUCAGUAAAGAACAAAUAUGUUUUCCUAGACAACCAGAAGAGUAUAAUUAAAGAGGAAAGAGCUACUAUUUUAAGAAAGCUCUUGAAUUUUUUAAGACAGAAUAAUUAUCAAGUACUACUUAAACAUGACAAGGAAUAAAAUUAGCUUUCAGAUGCUCAUUUGUCUAUUUUCUAUGCUAUAUAACAUCUAAUAAAACAGUAGAAAAGACAGCAAUUUGAAUCUUCAACAUUCCCACUGAAUACCUCAGAAAAUACAAUUGGAAAUAUCUCUGUAGAUUACCAAACUACGUGCCCUUCAUAGAGCACCUCACGCUACUGAAUCCAGAACCCCAGUUUCAACCACAAAUGAGAACAAGCUAGUGCUCUAAAUCAUGCUCCUAACAUGACUGUAGUCAGUAAUAAAAUUUUACACUACACCCUA